UCCUUCCUCCUGAGUGAAUUUUUUCGGGGCAGUGCACAUAGACCCACCACCCCCCCCUCCUUCCUCUCGGACAGCUUUGCUCCACCAGUUCUGCACUGUGCCGGCCUGGAGAGGAGUAAGGGAGCGGAAAGAGGAGCGAGAAGAGAGGAUUUGGUGAACCGAGGAGAGACAGACAGGGGAGAGGGACCAUGGCUGCUCUCUCUGCCUUGCUGAAGACCUGGGUAAUACUGCAGACCUUGUGCCUGGCUCUGGCCCAAGUGAGGGGUCCACCUGGACCUCAGGGCCAGCCCGGUCCACCAGGCCCCUCUGGCACCCCUGGGUCAGACGGCAUUGAUGGAGAUAAAGGACCUCCUGGGCCCCCUGGUCCACCAGGACAAAAAGGAGAGCCGGGAGAGCCAGGUCCUGAUGGAGCACCAGGAGAGAACGGCAUUGAUGGUUUGAUUGGAGCAAAGGGUGAUCGAGGUCCUAUUGGGAGCCCUGGCCCUAAGGGUCAACCUGGACCAAGUGGUGAACCUGGACCUCCUGGACCCGGCCUUCCAGGACUGGCUGGCGCUCCAGGACCAAUUGGUCUUCCAGGUGAAAUUGGACCAAAUGGACCAAAGGGUGUCAUGGGAUCACCUGGACCUCCAGGACUUCCUGGACCUCCUGGCAAGCCAGGACCCCCAGGGAAGUUUAUUGGUGGAGAAGAAGGCAGUGCAGACUUCCAGUGUCCUCUUAACUGUCCAGCAGGACCUAAAGGCCCCCAGGGACUGCAGGGAGUCAAGGGACACAAAGGACGUGCUGGUGUUCUCGGAGAUCCUGGCAGCAUUGGAAAAUCGGGUCCCAGGGGAGAAGUGGGCAUCUCUGGGGAACAGGGUAUCCCAGGACCUCCGGGUCCGAUGGGUCUGAGGGGUUAUCCAGGAAUGAUGGGGCCUAAAGGGGAAGCAGGACCUCGUGGUUACAAGGGCAUCAACGGACCUGUGGGAAUCCCUGGGCCUCCUGGUGAGGAGGGACCUCAGGGACCACCCGGAGAGGCAGGAGACAAGGGAGACAAAGGCAACCGAGGCAUCCAGGGCCCACAGGGCGCGGUUGGCAAAAAAGGAGAGAAUGGUCUGCCGGGUAUUGAUGGGAAAGAUGGCACACCUGGUAUUCCUGGAAUCAAGGGCGGCCCUGGCCAGGCUGGGAUGCCUGGUGCUCCUGGUCCUCAAGGAGCAGCAGGAUUGCCUGGCAGUCCUGGGACAAAGGGAGGACCUGGAGAUAAGGGCGAGACUGGACCUAGGGGCCACGUUGGCAUGGCUGGUGCCGCUGGACCUCUGGGUGAGCCUGGUGUUCCUGGUGAGGCCGGUAUGGAAGGAGUUCCUGGACCCAAGGGUGACAGAGGCCAGCGGGGUGAAGCCGGGCCACAGGGUGUAGUCGGCAAGCCUGGAAACAAAGGAGAGAGAGGACCAAUUGGUGUUCCAGGUGCCCAGGGUCUUAGUGGAACCAAGGGAGACAAGGGCUUCCAAGGAAAAGUUGGCUCAAAGGGAGACAUCGGUGACCCCGGUGUUGAGGGAUUGUCUGGCGAGAAAGGUGAAAAGGGUUUGUCUGGUGAACCCGGGCCCAAAGGACAGCAAGGAAUUAGGGGUGACACCGGGCACAAUGGACCCACUGGAGACCCCGGUAAACCUGGAGACCCAGGACCACCAGGACUGCCCGGUCCUAGGGGACUCAACGGAGAGCGAGGAGUUCCCGGCAUGCCAGGCAUUCAGGGAUCAGCGGGACGCGAUGCAUCUGACCAGCAUAUUGUUGAAGUGGUAUUGAAGAUGUUGCAGGAGAGGCUGGCAGCGGUGGCGGUGAGCGCCAAGAGGGCUGUGCUUGGUGGGGCAGGUGUAAUGGGUCCUCCCGGGCCUCCUGGACCUCCAGGUUCACCUGGUCCUCAGGGGCCACAUGGCUUACCCGGUGCCCGCGGUAUUCCUGGCAUUAUUGGAGCACCUGGACAGAUUGGAAACACAGGACUUAAAGGAAAGAGAGGGCCAAAGGGAGAUAGAGGAGACCCCGGUAAACCCCAUCCAGGACCACCAGGACCCCCGGGAAUACCAGGUCCUCCUGGUGUUGACGGUGUGGCUCGGGAUGGCAGGCAUGGCGAGAGAGGACCUCAGGGAUCCCCCGGAGAGGCCGGUUACCCCGGUAAGGCAGGGUCGGCAGGCCUCCCAGGCUUUUGCGAGGCGGCCAUGUGUCUCGCUGCGUCAGCGUACACCUCCCCGAGACUACAGGAGGCGGGAAGAAUUAAAGGACCCAAUGUUUAG